GGUGGGUGAGUAAGUUGGCGCACAUUCUGGAAGUCAAGCAAAAACUCGUUCCUCUGAUUUACUAAAGCGGACCGGUGGGUUGGUUUUGGAAGGGGAGCUCAAUGCGCUCCCGACGCGCAACAUGAAGGAGGAGGAAAGCAGCGGAGCGCACUGAGAGACUCUCCAAGAGUUAGCGGCGUGUUAACGGCGUUAGAGUAUGAAGGGAUGUGAGCUGAACUUGUGGUAGAAUGGCACCUUAUCUCGCAUGGAUCUCUGAGGGAUGGCAGCUUUUCACCACCACCAUCAUCAUCAUCACCACCAUCCGAGCGCGGACCUGCGACGGCUCUUCCACCGGCUCACCAUCGCCUCCUCUCUGAGCAUCCUCUGCUUCUCCUUGGUCUAUCUCCUCACCGGAUGCUGCGAGUCGGAGCUGACAGACAACUCUGAGAUCAAGCCACCCACGCGCGAAUUCCUCGCGUCAGGGUCAGGAUGGCCGUACGAGAGAAACGGAACCAGCGUCACCAAGGAGGUUACCGCCGCGGCUGGCGAUGGCGCGUUCAGUGGUCAUCCUGGGCUGGAGGCGAACAGCUCGGGGAAAGAAUGGACAGCCACUCGGAGGUUACCCCAGGCUCUCAUCAUAGGGGUUAAAAAGGGAGGCACCAGGGCCCUGCUGGAGUUUCUGCGGCUCCACCCGGACAUCCGCGCCCUGGGGUCGGAGCCGCACUUCUUCGACCGGCAUUACGCACGGGGACUGGACUGGUACAGAAGUAUGAUGCCCAAAGCCCUGGACGGCCAGAUCGUUAUGGAGAAGACGCCUCGUUACUUUGUUACUGUGGAAACGCCAGCACGGGUCCAUGCUAUGUCGCAGGAUGUGAAGCUAAUUGUGGUCGUCCGCGACCCUGUAACCAGAGCCAUAUCUGACUACACGCAGAUCAUCUCCAAGACCCCCGACAUCCCACCCUUUGAGAGCCUCGCCUUCAAGAACCGCACCACAGGUCAGAUUGACUCUCUGUGGAGCCCGCUGUGGAUUGGCCUGUAUGCCCAGCACCUAGAGCGCUGGCUGGCCUGGUUCCCCAGGACUCAGAUCCAUCUGGUCAGUGGGGAAAGGCUCAUCUCCGACCCUGCCGGAGAGCUGGGCAAAGUCCAGGACUUUCUGGGCCUCCAGAGGAUUGUCACGGACAAGCACUUCUACUUCAACAAAACGAAAGGCUUCCCCUGCCUGAAAAAGCCAGAGGGCAGCAGUAAGCCUCACUGCCUGGGGAAGACAAAAGGGAGAACGCAUGCCUCCAUCGACCUGGAGGUGAUGCAGAGACUGAGGGAUUUCUACAAGCCACAUAACCAGCGCUUCUAUCAGAUGGCGGGCCAGGACUUUGGAUGGCAGUGA